CACGUCUCGCUCUUAAGCUAGGACUUGCGCAUUCCCAAUCUUUUUAUACAUUCCUGUUCUUUUCAGCCGAAGCAAGACUUAGCAGCUCACACCUAGAGGAAUUGCUUUUCACCUGCAUCUGUCUGAAUUUUUAUCAUGUCAGUUAUGUUGGCUGUCACACAUUUACUAGGACUUUUGUCUCUGACAUUCGCCUUGGAAACAAGUGUUCCAACUCCCAUCAGCUGCACAACCCGCGCUUCUGACCUGACAGAAGACCGCUCCCUGGUGGUGUGUCCUCCGAACUGCGUAGUCUGGCAGCUCCCAGUGUUUGGUUCAGCCGUUUACGCAGCGGUGUCCAGCAUCUGCGGAGCAGCUGUGCACAGGGGGGUGAUUACUGCAUCAGGUGGCCAGUUGAGAGUCCUGAAAGUACCAGGCCAAGAAAAUUACGUCGGUUCCUACUCAAAUGGGAUCAGAUCUCAGAACCUGUCCAAGUGGACCUCAUCAUUCUCUGUGUACAGUUCAGUAAGUCAGCCCAUGGAGGUGUCAGGUCAUACUACUUCCAUGCCCAAAUCAAAUCAAGCAAAGAAAACCGUAAAGAAGAACAUGAAGAAACCACCUUCUAAUGGAAAUAAAGAUUGCCAGGUGGAUAUUGCCAUGUUGCUGGAUGGCAGCUACAAUAUUGGACAUCGUCGCUUCAACCUUCAAAAGAACUUUGCCAGCAAGCUGGUGCUGAUGAUGCGGACUGGGCCAGAGGGACCACAUAUAGGAGUGGUGCAAGCCAGUGAAACACCAGUAAUUGAAUUCUUCUUGAAAAAUUUCACCCAACCCAAGGAUGUGAAUUUUGCCAUCAAAGAGAUUUCAUUCAGAGGAGGAAACACAAACACAGGCAAGGCUAUGAUGUACACCGUGGAGAACUUCUUCAGUGCAGAGCAUGGUGUCAGACGGGGUGUCCCUCGUGUCAUUUUGGUUCUUGUGGAUGGUUGGCCUUCUGACAACCUUGAGGAAGCUGCAACACGUGCCCGGGAGUCAGGUAUCAACGUUUUCUUUGUGUCAGUGGCAAAGCCAGGCCCUGAGGAGCUCAGUAUGGUACAAGACAAAGAUUUUGCCCAGAAGGCUGUUUGCAAGGACAACGGUUUCUUUUCCUUCAGCAUGCCGAGCUGGUUUGGCACCACCAAGUACGUGAAGCCGCUGGCCCAACGGCUUUGUUCCGCUGACCAGAUGCUGUGCAGCAAAACUUGCUAUAACUCCGUUAACCUGGCAUUCCUCAUCGACGGCUCGAGCAGCGUUGGUGACAAUAACUUCCGGCUAGUGCUGGAAUUCAUUGCCAGCGUGGCCCGCAACUUCGAGAUCUCUGACACCGGGUCCAGGGUGGGGGCUGUCCAAUUCACCUACGACCAGAAGAUGGAGUUUGACUUCAACGAACACACGGACAAGGACAGAGCCCUAAUGGCCAUACAAGCUAUCCGAUACAUGAGCGGGGGAACUGCCACUGGGGAAGCCAUCACCUAUGCGGUCUCCAAUCUCUUCAAAAAGGCUACAUCUGGCAAAAACUUCUUAAUUAUCAUCACGGACGGUCAGUCCUAUGAUGAUGUAAGAGGCCCGGCACUUGCUGCCCAGAAGGAAGGGAUCACAGUGAUCUCAGUUGGCGUGGCUUGGGCUCCUCUGGAUGACCUGAAGGCCAUGGCAUCAGAGCCCAAAGAGAGUCACACCUUCUUCACACGGGAGUUCACAGGUCUGAAGCAGUUCCACCAGAACAUUGCCAAAAGAAUCUGCAGCGACUUCACCGACAGAAAUUAGGAGGCGCCGCUUUGAGCAAUCUGCCCCCUAGAAAGUGGUCCUUAAAACAACCACAGCAAAAAAAAAAAAAAGUUUAAAUUUCCACAUUACCGAUACCCAACAUUACUGCUUUUAUUAAAAAAGGACUUACAAGCACACAAUAAAUGCGUCUUUCAAAUGUGAGCUAUUCGAAAAAAUUUCAAGGCAAGUUUUUUACACCGUGAAGUUCAGUGGUUUCAUUUUUUUCUUCAUCUAUAUCAUUGUGAAUCAGAUAAUGACACACCCUAUUAUUGCUCCUCUCUAGACAGUAUUUGUGUGAGAAAAUACUUUAACAUGUAACCUUGAUGAACUUCUUUGCCCCUUCUGAACUUUAGCUAAUUGCUGGACGCAUACUGUAUUUUGGUGGUCGAAGUGUAUAAAUGAAGCAAAGUUAAAAUCGCAAAAGUUAAACAAAAUUCAAGAAAUUUCAUUCUUUGCGCAUUUGAGAAGAUGCCUACAAGAUGUUUACACGACCAACAUAUUUUUGUUCGAUGUGUCCGUUUCAUUUUUUUUCCCCCACAAUAACAUACGUAGAGAAAUAUUGAUCUGGAAUGAGUGUAACAAGACAGUGCCGCAAAGAGCGUUUGAGAUUUGCGAUGGGGUGCUUUACACAGGGCUGGUUCCGACAGCUUUAAAAAUGCUUUGCUCUUUAAAAAUUAAAUAAGUUAUGCACUGUUAAAACCUAAAGAGCUCUCUGUUAAACCUCAGCUUGUUUUGCUGCAGCCCUUGUUUCGGUAUAUAGUGAUUCUUAUAUGCAAAGCCUUUUACAGAUUUUUUUUUAACUGGAAAAGCACGUGGAUCAGACCUGUUCUCUGCUGAUUUAUGCUACCUUUCUUACAUAUUACAGAUAAUACAUCUUUCAGAGUUUGUAACUGUGUACAUGUAGACGUCACAUUUGCAUGCAUAGUCAUCCUUCACUAAUAAAAAAAUAUAAGGAAAUGUAUUUCUUUACAUUGUAACUUAUUACAGUACUUCCAAUAAAGAAUGUUUUAUUUU